GUAAGUCAGUUAGGAUAUAAUUGUGUUCAAGACGGUGUGUGGAAGUAAGGUCAAAGAGAAAAGAAAUGAAGUACGGUUCGGCGAUAGUGGCGUGCCUGUUCGCGGUCACUGUGAACUUGUCAUCCGGUUAUAGCAUCAAAGGUGGCCCAUCCGCUGUUAGCGGUAGUUUUAGUUCUUCACAUUCUUCUUCAUCAGCGUCAGCAUUCAGUCAAUCAAGUUCAUUCAGUGGAUCCUUCAAUGGAGACCAACUUCCGCUUAUACAUGACGCAUUGAAAAAUGGAGCCGCCAGUGGAGCUGUCUCCUCAGCUAAUGCAGGCGCUGGCGCUGGAAGUGAUGCUCAAGCAGGAGCCGUAGCUUCAGCUUCCGCUGGUGCCAUUGCAGGUUCGGGCGCUUUUGCCGGUUCGGGGGCAGUCAGUGGAACACACUCAGGAGCAGGAGCUGCCAGUGGAUCAUCUACCGACAAUGGUUCUAAUUCUGCAUCAGGAUGCUCUGAAAGUUCUGGCUGCGGUAGUUCAGUAGACACAAACGUUAUCGGUGAUUCAGCAACAUCAACCGACGCUUCAGAUGCUGAUAUUUACAAAGUUAUCAAUUCUGGAAAAUACCAAACUGGAUAUUCUAGUGGAGUCAAAGGAUCAGGAGCGCCGACCAGUGGAAGUUAUGUUUCUGGAAGUAACUCAGGCAGUGGUACAUCCUACGGUAACGGAGCAGGGUCUGGAUGUUCUGGAAAUGGUGGAAGUUGUGGAAGUAACUAUGAUUCAAGUGCCAUAAGUUCUGGUAAAUACAAUGGAAACGCUUACUCUGGUAAUCAAGGAUCAACCGUUGCGGGUAGUGGAAGCUUUGUUCAUGGAGCAGGUGGAUGCACUACUUGCAAAGGCCCCUUCCCAGGACCAAGCGGUAGCAUUCACGACUACAAACUAGCCUCUUCGGUUUCAACUACAGCAUCUUCUGGAGCAACUGUUAACAUUGGCACCACUGGACCAACACACCAACCUUUACCAACCCCUCAUCUGCCAGGAGCAUCCGGUUCUAUUUUCACCAACAAGCCCAUCAGUGGUACAUCGUACAAUGCAGGAGCUUCUUCAGGUGGAGCACACGUAUCUCCAGCCUUAAUUGCAACUUUCCCUGGAUCUCCUGGAAGCAUCCACGACAGCAAACCAGCUUCCAGUAUCUCAGGGCACGGAUUUAACGCUGCAGCCAACUCAGGAAGUGUUACUAAUUCUGGGGCAAGUUCUGGAUCUUACAAUUCUGGAUCUGGAGUUUCAAAUAUACCAUCGUCAUAUCCCGUAGCUGGUCCCACUUGUAGUUAUGCUCCUGGAUCUCCAAACAAAUGUGGUGGACCAUCUACUGGGCCUGGAUUGGUGGUUGUGCCUACUUUACCUGGCCCAUCAGGAAGUAUAUACGAUAGUAAACCAGUUGUAGCUGUUCCAGUUCAUGGUAGCGUUAUUGGAUCAGGUGCUGGAUCUGGUUCAUAUGGUAACUCUGGAACCGUUAGUAACAUACCAGUAUUCCACCCCAUUGUUGGACCUGCCUGUGCCUACACUCCUGGAUCUCCAAACAAAGGUUGUGGUGCUCCAGUGCCUGUAAGUCCCGUAGUACCAGUGGUGGUUCCGGUAUUACCUGGACCCUCAGGAAGUAUCUACGAUAGCAAGCCAGUUCCUACUGUAUCAGGCCAUCCAACUAACUCAGGCUCAACUACUGGAUCUUAUGGUAGUGGAUCUGGAUCUACUGUAGUAUCAUCAGGAUCAACAGCCCCAGCCUGCAGUUAUACUCCAGGAUCUCCAAACAAAUGCCAAGGGAGUUUCCCCACAAUCCAAUACAAUUCUGCCCCCGGAAGUUCAAUAAAUAUCAUCCCUAAUUUCCCUGGACCAUCUGGAAGUAUCCAUGAUAGCAAACCAGCUGUGCAUGGUGGUGUGACUAAUGCCGGUGCUAGUGCUACAGCUGGAGCAGGAACAUAUACUGGAUCAACAACUGGAACUGUUAGUGGAUCUGUUACUGGUUCUGGAACAGGAUCUUACAGUGGUUUCAACGCUGGAUCAGCACAUAGUGGAUCUGUGACAGGAUCAACAGGCUGCUCAAGCUGCAAAGGGCCAUUCCCGGGCCCUUCUGGCAGUAUUCACGAUUACAAACCUGUCUUGCCCCUUGCUCAUGCUCAUGAUGGCUCUAUUUCCACUUUCCAUCAUACCAGCACAAGUUCACAAAGCUCAGCGGCUGCUCACUCUAGCACAAGCACUCAUACUAUUCUAUCAGGUGGAUCUUCUCUUCCUUCUUCCUAUGAACCUGAUGUUCCCGCGCCUUCUGUUCAUCCAGAAGUGCCAACUUCCGGAACUUAUUACAUUAAUAAACCAUCAUUGGUUCCUUCAAACGAAUUGGAAGUACCCUAUUUGCAUGGUUCACCUAGCUUUAGCGGACAAAUUCCCUGCUCUAGUGGUGAUUGUGGAUCUUAUGGUUCUACUCAAGCUGGUGCAUCAUCAGGAUCGGUACAUGAUACAAACAAGUACGAAUCUUCCCCUGUACCUGCCCCUACUAAACCAACCUACAAGAAUUCUGAAACUGGCGGAUAUGCUGUUAGCAGCAAUACCGAAGAUAAUUCUGGAGUAUUGAUUGGUCCUGGUACUGGUCAUUUAGCUUUAGAAAAAGACGACAAACCUUUUGGUACCCAAGGAGCUUUUGGUGGUUCCGCAGCCUUUAAGCGUCCCGAAAUCAAAGAUACUCUAGUACAUGGUUCUGGAACUGGUCAUGUAAUUUUAGAAAAAGACGACAAACCGUUCGGUACCCAAGGAGCUUUUGGUGGUUCUGCAGCCUUUAAAGGUGGAAAUACUAAUACAACGCCUAAAGAAUCUGGACCAUGUGCUACUGGACUUUGCUUUAGUUCUGAACAUGAUGAGACCACUGACAAAUUUGGCACUGGAGAUGUAUCCAUUGAAAAAUCCCACGGUUCACUUAUAUCGUCAUCUAGCGGUGCCAAUUCUGCAUCAGGUGCCAUAUCUGGUUCCCAUUCUGGCCAAGAAAUAUUUGAACAAGGAUUAGAUUCAUCUAGUAACGAUAAGGCUCAGUCAAGUGGCUCUUCAGGCUGUUCAACUGGAUCAUGCGGUUCAGGAUUUGGAACUAACAAUGGAGCUAUAUCCGGAAGUAUUUCGGGAUCAGGAUCUGGAUCAGGAAGUAGCAAUUCUGGAGCAAGCGGAUCUUCGGGUUGUUCCAGUGGUGCAUGUGGUUCAAGCAACGGAUUUGGAUCUAGCAACGGAGCUAUUUCAGGAAGCACAUCCGGAGCAGGGUCAUACGGUAGCCAAUCUGGAUCAGGUUGUUCUACUGGAGCAUGUGGCGGUUCCGGAACUGGAGGCUCAGACGGAAAUGGUUUUGCAACAGGUCAAGUACUCGUUCAAAAAGGAAACGGUGCCACAUAUGACAUUACCAACGGAAAUUCAGGAGCCGUUGCUGGAGCACAAGCAGGUUCCUAUGCGGGAAGUUCUGGAUUUGGUGGUUCCAACUGUAAAUACGGUCUCUGCGCAGGGCUUGGAGUUAAAGGAUUUGAUGGUUCUGGAAUUUUGAGCAACCUUUUUGGAAGUGAAGGCUUAUCUGGAUCUCAUUACAAACAGGGAGGCGGUUCUGGAGGAAUCGGUGGAAGUACGGCGUUUGCAAGCUCCGGAUCUUUUGCUAGUUCAGGUAGUUACGCUGGUGCCAGUUCUCACUCAAGCUCGUUUGCCAGAAGUUAUUAAGAUAAGCUAAGUUAUUGAGACUAGUGUCUGUGAAAUUAAUUUAUAAGCCAUACGAAAUGUGAUUUAAUUUUUUAUAGAUACUUAUAAUAAAUACGUAUUUUAAUAAUA